UUACUGCGUCAGGCAGGUGGACUGGAGCGUCUGAAGCUGGAAUGUCUCUCAGAUCCUGUGGUUGUGGAGAUCCAAGCCAUCAUCAAGAGUCACAUUGAAAAAACCUGGCUGCCUCUGUUUCUGUCCACAGCAGAGUUCACAGAGCGACUGACAAACCAACCAAAGCCCCAAACAGUGGGCAGGCCCUCGCAGGCCGUCUACCGUGAGGCCAGGAGGAGGAAAGGAGCCUGGGAGGCGGGGGGCUUGUGGAUGAGUUCCUCCAAGGAGAUCCUGCCCUUCCGGACAGAUCCUCCUCCACCCCGACACCUGUAUGCGGUUCCAGCACUUUGUAUCUCUGAAGGGAGACUUCCUAGAAAACGAUGUGCUCUUUUGGCUAGAGGUGCAGAGAUACAAGGACCUCUGUCACUCCCACAGUGACGAGGCCACCAUCCAGCAAAAGAUCUCCACCAUCAUAAACUGUUUCAUCAACUCAUCCAUGCCCCCCGCCCUGCAGAUAGACAUCCCUCCUGAGCAGGCCCAGCACAUUCUGGAGAAGCGCCAGCAGCUGGGUCCUUACAUCUUCAGAGAGGCACAGGUAGUGUGGGUCCAAAAUGUGUUAUUUUAAGGCCAAUUAUUUUGCGCGCUACAAUAUAGACCCAAAUCUGACUCCAUACCAAUGGCCUAUAUGUACUGUAUAUGAAUGUGUACG